GUCAGGACUUGGGUGCUAGUCUCACUCUGAUGCCAUAGUGGCUGCCUUCAUACUAUGUGUGUCAUUACAACUAUUCUAAAGUCGGACUAAAUCUGAGGAUGUUAUUAAAACAAACAAACCGAUGGUGAGAGGACAAUGAUGCCAGGUUGUCGAGGUGAAUACUGUCCAGGUAAAGAGCUGUCGGUACCAGUCCAACCAUAAUGCAACGUCCAUAAGAUAUUGAUCAUGACUACCAGGCUAAGCUGCUUAUGAGAGGACCUUCAGAGAGUUUUACAACCAAUCCCCCUCCCCUUGGCCCCCCAUUUCCUCUGCAAACAUAACCUGUACCUAUGUCCCACCUUUAAUCCUGAGGAUUUAAGGGGAAAUACACCAUGGCGGUCCUGAAGGUGAAGUUCACCAAAACCAAGAGGGACAAACUGGCCCAGGUAUUGUGGAUCCUGAACUGGAUCUCAGUGGUGACAGGGGUCAUCCUGUUCAGCCUGGGGCUCUUCCUCAAGGUGGAGAUCAACAAGCGAGGGGAGCUGAUGGCUGAGAGGGAUAUCCAGUAUGUACCCAACAUGCUUAUCGCCGUGGGUCUCAUCGCUUGUGCCAUCAACUUCCUGGGAGGGAAGAUCUGCUACGACUGCGUGGACACCACUAAGUUCCUGCGCUGGAAGCUGAUCAUGCUGCCCUACAUUAUAUGCACUUUCUUCUUCACCUUCUGUGUGUUGGUAGGGGCUCUGAUGUGCUACAGCAUGAGAGGGGAGUUAGAGGAGUCUCUGAACUUGGGGCUUACAGAGGCCAUGAGGUUUUAUAAGGACACAGACACACCUGGACGCUGCUUCCUGAAGCGUACUGUGGACAUGCUCCAGAUAGAGUUCCACUGCUGUGGCAACAACGGCUACAAAGACUGGUUUCAAAUCCAGUGGAUCAGCCAGCGGUACCUGGAUAUGUCCCAGAAGGAGGUGCUAGAUCGACUGAGGAGCAAUGUGGAGGGGAAGUACCUGCUGGACGGUGUCCCGUUCAGCUGCUGUAACGUCAACUCCCCCCGGCCGUGCAUCCAGCAGCAGAUCAGCAACAACUCGGCUCAUUUCAACUAUGACCACCAGACGGAGGAGCUCAACCUGUGGAUGAAAGGGUGUCGCCAGGCGCUGCUGGAGUACUACACCCACAUUAUGCAGUCCAUUGGUCUCACAGUGCUCAUCGCCUGGUUGUUUGAGCUCUCUGUGCUGACGGGGGUGCGUUACCUCCAGACCUCCCUGGAAAACGUGCUGAGGCAAGGUGACCCUAACUCUGAGUCUGAUGGCUGGCUGCUGGAAAACAGCUUCAUGGAAACAGCACGCACCAACCUGAACAUCAUCAAGAGCCUGGGCAAAGGCAACCAGAUCGACACAGCCAACAACGGGGACCCCAACAUUAACGUCCCCUCCUCCUCCAAAGCAAACUACGGACCAGAUAAUGUACCACCAAAGCAAAUACCAGUGGCCAGUUGACCCUUCUGAAACAAGACUGAUCUAAAGACACUAAAGACAAACUACUAACAGUUUGUCUUGGCUACAUUGAAAGAACAGAACUGUUUGCAUUAUAAUCACUGACUUUUUUUUUUCUUUUUAUCUGUAUGAGUCUGAUUAACAAUUUAACCCAUAAAGACCCAAACAUCCACCUUUAACCUAAAACAUCUACUGAUCUAAACUGUUUAAUACCUGUU